AUGGGCUGUGGUAUUAGUUCGGCGCUGACGGGGCGGGGAGAUUCGCAGCUGCGUCUUCACAAUGCCUCACCAAGUACCUCCUCCUCUCGCCUCAGCCUCGAAGCCAAAAUCGUAUUAUUGGGGGAUAGCGGUGUGGGUAAGAGCAGCAUUGCCCUUCGUUUCUCUCGUGGUCGUUUCCCUCUGUAUCAUGAGGUCACCAUUGGUGCUGCUUUCUUACAGCAAACCGUUAGAUUGGCACAAGGCAAUCAGCUGAAGCUGCACAUAUGGGAUACGGGAGGACAAGAGCGGUUUAGGGCGAUGGCCCCCCUCUACUAUCGAGAUGCAGCAGGAGCUGUUGUGGUGUAUGAUGUCACAGCACCCUCUUCGUUAGAAGCAGUUAAGUUUUGGACAAAGGAGCUGCGGCAGCAUUUAGGGUCUUGCUGCAUCGUCGUUGCAGCAAAUAAAUGCGAUUUGCUGGUGGGCGCGUCGGAUGUUACUGAGGAGCAGCAGCAACAGCCACAGCAGCAGCAGCAGCAGCAGCAGGAAGGAGAAGAAGAAGGGCCUAGUUCUGCUGCUGCUCCUGCUGAGACGGCGGCUGACACAGAAAAAUACAAAAACAAUUUGGCUCAAGUUAAACGCGGCAUAGAGGAGGUGAAGAGCUUUUGCGCGUCAAACGAAUUCGCUUUCAUUGAGUGCUCUGCAAAGACAGGACAGAACGUCAAUCGGCUGUUCGAAGACUUAGCACGAGAUGUGUUCAUGCGCCUUAAGGAUGCCACACCAGCGGACAUCUAA